UCAGCGAUUCUUUUCCUGUUAUCAUGGACGACGAGGUGCGCCAGAUUUUCAACAAGUUCGACAAGAAUGGCGACGGCAAAAUCUCCUCCGGCGAGAUUAAGGAGAUGCUUCAGACGUUGGGCACCAAAACGACGUCGGACGAGGUCGACUGCUUUAUGAGCGAAUUUGACAAGAACGGCGACGGCUUCAUUGACCUCAGGGAGUUCGCCGAGUUCUUUUCUGCCAGAGCUAAAGACGGCGACGACGCCACCAAGGAGCUCCGGGACGCUUUUGAUCUGUAUGACCUGGACAAGAACGGACUGAUCUCGGCGAUCGAGUUGCACUCGGUGAUGAGGAAGUUAGGGUUGGAGUGUUCCCUGAGUGACUGCCGGGGGAUGAUAAGAGCCGUGGACGACGACGGCGACGGCAACGUGAAUUUCGAGGAGUUCAAGAAGAUGAUGACUCGGUCUUAGUUGGAGGUCGCUAGGGCUUAAGGCCCAGAAUUUACAUUUUAGUAUUUUACUGUCGUUUUAGGAUUUUAUCUGUUAGUUUUUCUUUUCUAUUCUUUUUCGUUUGUUUUUUUCUUUAGAAUUUAUCUAUUAGUUUUCGGAUGCUGAAGUCGGAGUAGGAUUUAGUUAAAUUCUGCUGAUACUUUUCAAUUCAUGGGAAAU